AUGGCGGGACCUAAACCGGGACAGAAGACAGUUCUCAUAACUGGUUGUACCCCAGGUGGCAUUGGACACGGCAUAUGCCUGGAAUAUCAUCAACGCGGUCUCCAUGUAAUUGCUACCGCCCGAAGAUCCGAGGUGCUGGCCGAUCUCGUGGCGCUGGGCAUAAGCACUCUGCCGCUCGACGUUACCGAUGCCGAGAGCAUCAAACAGUGCCACGAAGAAGUUGCGAAACUCACCGGUGGUAGGCUGGAUAUUCUCGUGAACAAUGCCGGCCGUACACAUACCCAUCCUGCGACAGAUAUUUCAUUGUCAGAUGUCCGACAGACCUUUGAAACCAACGUCUUCUCGAUAAUGGCCAUGGUGCAAGCCUUUAUAGACCAGCUUAUCGCAGCAAAGGGCUUGAUCAUCAAUAUUUCCUCGCUUUCGUCUGUGACCCCUUAUGUAUUCGGCUCGGUCUACUGUGCGAGCAAGGCCGCUGUCGUAGGUUAUUCGCGUGCCUUACGAAUGGAGCUAGCGCCCCUCGGAGUUCGCGUGAUGGUAUCGAUGACUGGUACGGUCAAAAGCAAUACAGCUGCCCAACCUCUUCGUGACCUACCGGAAAAUAGUCUCUAUAGCCGCGCCAAGGAGAUAUUCGAAUGGAGAGUUGUCUUCAGUCAGAAUGCGUCUACCUUUCCUACGGAGACGUUUGCUAAAAAGUUAGUCAAUGACUCUUUGCGCCCGGAGGUUCCUGCGAUACUAAGACGCUGGUUCGGACGACCGGAUUGGUUCUGGUCUGGCGGUCUGGCGGAUGUCGUAUGGCUUGGGACAUGCAUAGGCGAGUGGUUUGUUGAUGCCUUCUGUUGGCGCACUUUCCGAAUGAGCGAGAUAACGAAGUUACUCAGUGAGGAUCAGAGCCAGAAAAAGCUGAAGUGA